AUGGGAGACGAAGGCCUGUUCCGGUCGGCGACAAUGUCGCUGAUCCAGCUGUAUAUCCCGUCGGAGAGCGUCCAUGCGACGGUCACGGAGCUGGCAGAGCUUGGAGACGUCGAGUUCAAGGAUCUGAAUCCCGACGUUGCGCCUUUUCAGCGCACGUUUGUGUCGGAUAUCCGGCGCCUCGACGAGAUGGGGCGCUGUGUAAGCUACCUAAACGAGCAGCUGGCUCGGGAAGAGAUUCCCGCACGCCCGCUCGAGAGCGCAAUCCCUUUCUUGGCCGCCAGCGCCGAGGAGUUUGCGCGGAGUCCCAUGUUUAUGGAGCAGCUUGCGCGCGAGCUGCAAGAGUGCCAGGAGCGCGUGGCGCAGAUGAACAAGAGCUACGAGUCGCUGCAGCAGCGCCUCCAGUCUCUCGAAGAGUCCAAGCACGUUAUCCGCGAAACCGCCGUCUUCUUCCAGCACGCCGAGCACGGCGAGUCGCAAGACGUUACGCGCUUGAGCAUGGACAGCGACGCACACGCGCCGCUCCUGGACGACAGCCAUUUGCGAGGCUCUGGUGUGCGGGGUAUGCAGGGCCUGCCGCCCGCAUUUGCGCUCGAGUUCGUCGCGGGCACAAUCGACCGCCGCUGCAUGGGCACGCUCGAGCGUGUCUUGUGGCGCACACUCCGCGGCAAUCUCUUUAUGAACUUUGCCGAGAUCAGCCGCGAGUUUGUCGACCCCACCACGGAAGAGCCCAUGUUUAUCAAUGUUUUCCUCGUGUUUGCGCACGGCGCCACGGUACUUGCCAAGAUCCGCAAGAUCUGCGAGGCGAUGGGCGGCACGCUCUUUCCGGUAGAGAGCGAUGCUGCACAGCGCGACGCGCACUUGAACACGGUGCUGGAGCGGAUCGAGGACCACGAGAAUAUCCUGUAUAGUACAAACGCCGCGCGCCGUACAGAGCUGCUGCGCGUCGCUGAAUCGAUUUCUGCGUGGGAAAACUUGGUGCGCAAGGAAAAGCUUGUGUACGAUACCAUGAACAUGCUGCAGUAUGACAAGAGCCAGAAGACAAUGACCGCCGAAGGCUGGUGCCCCACCUCGGACAUUCCCGCCAUCCAACUCGCCUUGCGGCGCGCGACGGAAGAUACAGGGGCGCAUGUCUCCUCGGUGCUGCAGACAAUGCCCACAAGGGAAGAGCCGCCGACUUUCCAGCGGACAAACAAGUUUACCGAGGGCUUCCAGGCCAUUAUCGAUGCCUACGGACACGCAAAGUACAAGGAGGUCAAUCCCGGCCUGUUUACCGUAAUUACCUUUCCUUUCCUCUUUGCCGUGAUGUUUGGCGAUGUAGGCCACGGUGUGAUUCUGUUCCUCUUUGCGCUUGUGAUGGUGUAUUUCGAGCGCAAGCUCCUGCGCACAAAGCUGGACGAGAUCACCCAAAUGUUCUUUUACGGCCGCUACAUUAUCCUCCUCAUGGGCCUGUUUGCCAUCUUUACCGGGUUCUUGUACAACGACAUCUUUUCCCUUUCUAUGCACUUGUGGCACACAGGCUGGGAAUGGCCGCGUGGCGAAGGAACUCUCACGGCGGCGCCGAAUGGCCACGUCUACCCCAUCGGCCUCGAUCCGACAUGGCACGGCGCAGACAACAAUUUGGUCUUUACCAACUCGCUCAAGAUGAAGCUCUCCAUCAUUCUCGGCGUCGCGCACAUGACCUUUGCCCUCAUGCUCAACAUCCCCAACGAUCUCCACUUUAAGCACGCCAACUGGAUCUGGGCCGAGCUGCUGCCGCAGGUGCUGUUUAUGGAGUCGCUGUUUGGCUACCUUGUCAUUACCAUCAUCUACAAAUGGGCCGUCAAUUGGUACGCCACAGAUGCGCUAGGAAAUGCGCUGCACAAUUCCCCACCGGGGCUCUUGAAUAUGCUCAUCUACAUGUUCCUCAAGCCAGGCGUUGUGGACCAGAGCGAGGUGCUGUACUGGGGCCAGGCAGGCAUUCAAACGGCGCUCUUGCUUGUGGCCUUGCUCUGUGUGCCUUGGAUGCUUGUGUGCAAGCCUUACCUGCUCUACAAGGAGCACAAAGCACGCGCCGGCGCGGGGUACCACACGGUUGGCUCCGCGCGCGGCGAAGAGCGCGUAGAAGGCGUGCAUGAAGACGAGCAAAAUGUCUUGGACGAGGUGCCCGACGAGCAGGAAGAGGAGGCGUUCGAGGUUGGCGAGGUCGCUAUCAACCAAAUCAUUCACACAAUCGAGUUCUGCCUUGGAUGCAUUUCAAAUACGGCUUCCUACCUGCGUCUCUGGGCACUGUCCCUUGCGCAUGCACAGCUCUCGCAGGUGCUUUGGGAUAUGACGAUCAAGAAUGUGUUUGGCCUGACGGGGGUCGUCGGUGCCGUCGCGACAGUGCUUGCUUUUGGAAUGUGGUUCGUGCUUACCAUUGCCAUCCUUUGUGUGAUGGAGGGACUCUCGGCAUUCUUGCAUGCACUGCGUCUGCACUGGGUCGAAGCUGGGUCCAAGUUUUAUGCCGCAUCGGGAUACGCGUUCCAGCCGCUUUCCUUCAAGCAGGAGUAG